UAUUUACCCUGCAUUUAUUAAAAACCGCUGUAAUGACAAAUACUCCAGCGGCUCACUGUCAACUAAAUGUACUUAAAAUACCCGCACGUGUUUAUUUUUACAUAGCAUUUAAGAAAACAAGUCGUGUUUAGCAUUGUUGUGAAAUAUUUAUCAGCUUUUUAAAAUUACAAAAAAUGGAAUAUAUCGAUAUGAAGACUUCUACGGAGGAAGACAAGCAGCAGGCAAUGAUUUUGUGCUGCGAGUGUGGUGUCCUAAUUCAGCCAAAUCCUUCAAAUAUGUGUGCAACUUGUCUACGUACUCAUGUUGAUAUUACCGAGUCGAUUCCAAAACAAGCUAUUUUACAUUUCUGUCGUAAUUGUGAACGAUAUCUUCAACCACCUGGAGAAUGGGUGAGUGCAGCAUUGGAGUCGCGUGAACUAUUGGCACUAUGUAUCAAAAAGUUGAAAGGUCUAAAGGAAGUAAAACUUGUUGACGCUGGUUUUGUUUGGACUGAACCGCAUUCGAAGCGUAUAAAAGUGAAAUUAACAGUACAUGGUGAAAUAUCUGGUGGCACAGUGUUACAACAAGUAUUCAUAGUUGAAUUUACUGUACAAAAUCAAAUGUGUGAUGACUGCCAUCGAACAGAGGCAAAAGAUUUUUGGCGCUGCCUGGUGCAAAUACGUCAAAGAGCAGAAAACAAGAAAACAUUCUACUAUUUGGAACAAUUAAUUUUGAAACAUAAAGCACACGAAAGAACACUUGGCAUAAAACCAAUACAUGGUGGUUUGGAUUUUUAUUAUGCAAACGAAAAUCAUGCGCGUAAAAUGAUUGAUUUCCUACAAGCUAUGGUGCCCGUAAAAGUCACAACAUCGAAGCGUUUAAUAUCACACGAUAUACACAGUAACAAUUAUAAUUACAAAUAUACUUGGUCUGUAGAAAUUGCGCCUAUAUCGAAGGACAGCGCAGUAUGUUUACCAAAAAAAUUGCGACAUCAAUUGGGAAACUUGUCACCCAUUUGUCUUAUUUAUAAAGUAGCAAGUGGAAUACAUUUAAUUGAUCCAUUAACAGCGCAAAUCUCUGAAUUAUCUGGACAAGCCUAUUUCCGUGCACCAUUUUCAGCUAUUUGUAAUCCUAAUCAAUUAGUAGAAUAUAUAGUUAUGGAUAUUGAAAUAAUUUUGGAUAAAGAUCGCAAAAGUUACCCUGGACAAGGACAAUUAUCAUUUAAGCAUGUACCUUGUGAUAUAUGGCUUGUGCGUGCAUCAGAGCUGGGUGUCAAUGAAAACACAACACAUACUCGUUCACACUUAGGUCAUUUACUAAAAGUCGGUGAUUCUGUUCUGGGUUACAAUUUGGGUGAUACAAAUUUAAAUGAUCCUGAAUUUGAAAAACUUACAUCUGAUGAAAUACCAGACAUUAUUUUGGUGCGUAAAUGCUACUCAGAUCGGCAAACUCGUACAAAUCAACGUAAUUGGAAACUUAAACAUCUUGCAGAUGAGGCCACCGAUGAACGUAGUAAACACGAUUAUCAUGAGUUUUUGGAAGAUUUGGAGGAAGAUCCAGAUUAUCGGAAAAACGUUAAUAUAUAUCGUGAUGCACAGAAAGUUCCUGUUGACAUUGGCGACACACUGGCCUUUAACGAUAAUAUACCGCGCAUAACAUUAGCUGAAAUGUUGGAAGACAUGACUUUAGAGUGUGCGGAUGAUGAAAUGGGCGAUGAUGUCGAUGAGCAAAUGUAAAUAGUGUACAUUUUAAUGUAAUUGUAUCAUUGUUAAUAGUAUAUUUCAUAUAUAUACAAAAUCUUAAUAAAUCAAUAUUUUAUUUAAGAAUUAA